UAUAUACUGGUAAUGUCAAUUGUCAUUUGUAUCAUACAUUGCGAUUUGCAAAUCGAUUGUGUGUUGACAAAAAUUUGUCUAUUAUUCAUAAUCAAAACAUUAAAGUCCUUUCGAAUCGAAUUAAGAAUUAUAAAUAGGAAUACAAUCACAGCUGCAAAAAUGAGUAUGAGACCGGAUGAUCACCGUAGAAAAUGGGAUAAGGAUGAGUUCGAGAAAAUUGCUGUUGAGAGGCUACAAGCAGAAUUGGAGGAAGAAGAACGUUCAAAGAAAAAGGCUCCACCUGUAAAACGAGAACUUCUUAAGCAACGUGAUUAUAAAGUAGACUUAGAUUCAAAAUUAGGAAAAAGUGUCGUAAUAACAAAAAAUACACCUACCUCACAAACUGGUGGAUAUUACUGCAAUGUAUGCGACUGUGUUGUCAAGGACUCUAUUAACUUUCUUGAUCACAUUAAUGGCAAGAAACAUCAAAGAAAUCUUGGGAUGUCCAUGAAAAUUGAACGAAGCUCAUUGGAUCAGGUGAAAGCAAGGUUCGCCCUAAACAAACGUAAAUUAGAAGAAAAGAAGAAAGAAUACGAAUUGGAUACUCGACUAAAAGAAGCUGCUGAAGAAGAGGCCAGGUUGAAGGAACUCCGACGUGAACGUCGCCGAGACAAAAAACGUAAACUACAGGAAGACGAUGACAGUGAAGAUGCACCUGCUCAGUCUGAAUUAGCUCAGAUCAUGGGAUUUUCUGGUUUCGGCGCAACAAAAAAAUGAUCCCAUAAUUAAGUUUAUUUGAAUAGGCUGUAUUCAGUAGGAUGAAUAAAUUUUUUUUCUUUGGCUAUAUUUUACUGUAUG